AUGGGACUAACGCCGUUGACUCCAGAGGAACAUAUUACUCCGUCUGAGAUGUCUCAUACGUCCCAAGAUCAUGACCAGCGGCCAGCAUGUCCAGAUGCUGCGCCAGUCAUCGAUAGAGAGACCCUCAUGAAGAAGCUACAUGACAUACCAACAGAGACCCUUCGGAGCAUCCUCAUGAAUCAGGUUGACCUUGAAAUAAGACUAAAACACCGUGAGCUCCGCUUAACUGAAGAAGAGAUCGGCAAAUGUGAAGCCCAGAUGCUUGCACUUCGCAAGUUUUUCGAUGUCCCCACUGAAGUCACCUUCAACAGCGAACCAAAUGACUUCACACUAAAGUACUACGAUGUUCUCAACAAGUCGUUAUCGGUGAGCUAUACAAAACUUCAGCAACAGCUGUAUCAGGAACAACCAAAAUUCAACGAGGCGGUCUUUGAAAGUGCUCCACCUGAACCAAGUCAUUACAGAACAAGAUCCACAACGUCUUCGCUUCGACCAAGCAUCGCUGGACCAGGUCUUCGAGUGGCGGGAUGUUUAUACCGCAGAACUGAUGGUAUCAUAGUGAAACUUACAUGUCCCGAUUGUCAUCGCAGCAACUUCUCCUCAGCACAAGGGUUUCUUAAUCACAGCAGAAUAGCACACACGAAGGAGUUCACAUCGCAGGAUGCUGCAGCGUUGCGGUGUGGCGAAAUAUUACCUGAUGAUUUCCAAGAUGAAGAAGGUCUUGCCAGUCUAAAAAACCUAAGGCUGAAAGACCUCGAUCCAUCAAGACAGCUCAACGUCAACGAGAUGUACUUCGAUGGGUUGAGCUCCACAUUAAACACAGUUCAUGCAAAUGCCACCGAAGCCGUCAGCACUCCCCGAAUCAAGUCUCAGCCUCAUAGCAGAACUGCCUCUGUGGGGAGUGAGACAGCCAAGGGAUCUACCAGUAGGGAUGAGGAAGAAAACAGCGAGCUUAUGAAAAAGCUUAUCAGGAGUGGCAUUGCUCACGAUGCUGGGGAGUAUCGUGAGCUUGUGGAACUGGCACGUCAGGACGUGCCAAAUGCUCAUCUAUUUGAGGGAGAGGUCGAAGAAGAGGGUGACAGUGACAACCCUUCUCGUGGUAACACGCCCAGUCUGUCAAACCAAAAGGCAGAGCCCAAUCGCUCUGGGCAGAAGGCGUCGGAGAAGCAAACUUCACGUCGAGGUAUUGUAAGCCAUACACAGCCAGAUAACAUUGAGGGGGCCCGGGCAGGGAGACAGUCGGAGAACAGGCAUCCCGAAACUGGAGGGAAGUACGAGAAUAGGUUGCGCCGGCGGAAGUCAAGGAGCUUUGCUGAUAUCGAGAACGGGGUGAUUAGAGACGAGGACGAAGCGCCAAAGCGGCGUAAAAGAUAA